CUAGGCGCGUCCAGUGCACACUGUUCUGGGCCCCAAGGGACUCGGGGCUGCGCCUGGAGCGUGCGCUGGGUCCUGGCUCCCCGCUUUCCCAGGCUGGGGCGCGCGCUCAGCGGCCCUUUAGACGCAUCAGGUCUGCUGUUUUCAUUAUUAACUGCCAUUUAGAGCAACCAGAGUAAUAGAUAUUUGCGGUUUUUAAUACUUGCCAGUUCCAACUGAAGGUAGAUAUGGCAGCAAGAAUGGAUAAAAGUACACUGUUUUUAGAGUAUAUGUCACGAUUUAUUUUGGGCCAAUUGCCAAGUGCUGAAUAUUCCAGUUUAUUUAAUGAUUUUGUUGAGUCUGAAUACUUUCUGAUUGAUGGGGAUUCAUUAUUUAUCACAUGUGUAUGUGAGGAAUUAUCACACAAGGAACAGAAUCUCCAUUUCUUCUACAUUGUGGAAUAUUACCUCAUGGAUCUUAUUGGUAAAGGAGGACAAUUUACCAUAGUUUUCUUCCAGGAUUCUGAGUAUGCAUAUUGUAGAUUUCCUGAACUUCUUCCUCUAAGAACUGCUUUAAUUCUUCAUCUUCAGAAAAAUACGAGCAUUAAUGUUUGUACUCAAUUCACUAGCUGUUUAUCAAAGGAGUGGAAAACGUUUUUGGAUGAGAAUUACCCAUAUUUCCUAAUAGUUGCAGAUGAAGGUCUGAAUGAUCUGCAAACACACUUUUUCAACUUUUUAAUCAUUCAGUCUUGGUCAGUGAGAGUCAAUGUUGUGCUUUUCUCUGGGCAAGCAUCUGAUGUUAUUCGGCUUUAUGCAUACUUUAUGUCAAGUCUGCACAAGAACCAGAUAUUUUUCAAGAAGUAUGAAGAAAACAUUCGAAAAGCUUAUAAAAUCCUGCUUAGGAGAUUGAAAAAACGCAGAGCAUCAUUAUUAGUACCUCUCUUCAAAAAUCUAGAAUCGAAGCACAUGGUGGAAGAGUCAUAUAAGACUCUAUGCCUGCUCCAAGAAGUCUGGCCGGAAGGAUCUGACGUUCGACGUGUCCUCUGUGUUGCUUCAUGCUCGCUUACUCUGGAAAUGUACCACCACUUCUUAGAAAGUGGAACAACGACCGCUUCUGAAGAGACAACUAACAGCACAAAGGUUGAAAGUAAUUGCUUAACCCUGAAGGAUGUGGAGGAUUUAUGCAAACUGCAUUGUCUCACUGUGACUUUUCUAGCACACGUACCUCUUUCUCAGAGAGCUCGCUCUAGAUUCAUUACUUCCAAGUGGAUUAAGGACACUUCUAUAUUCUUUGAAAUGAAGAAAUGGUGUGAAUAUUUCAUCCUAUGUAAUAUAAAUGUUUUGGAGCUUUGGAAUCUGAAUUUUACUCAUCUUUCUGACCUGAGUGAUGGACCUUUGUUGAAAAAUAUUACUUUUUAUUAUGAAACUGAAUAUGUAAAUGGUCUACAUUUGAACUUGGGAAGUGCCAUUAUGGAAGACUAUGAACAUCUCUGGAAUACUGUGUCCAAGUUGGUAAAGAAGUUCAAAGUAGGAAAGGCAUUUCCUUUGAGAACAACCACACUUCAGUUCCUUACAAAGAAUCCAUCACCAAUCAAAGAUAGCUCCAAGGAAAAGAUGCCUCCUUUGGGUUUUAUUCCAAUGUCAUGUCAAAUGGUUGAUAAAUUUUCAGGAGAUAUUUUGAAAGAUUUACCUUUUCUAAAGAGUGAUGAUCCUGUUGUUACUUCCCUGGUGAAACUGAAGGAAUUUGAUGAACUUGUGCACUGGCAUUCUCACAGGCUUCUUAGUGAUGACUAUGAUCGGACAAGAAGCAACUUUGAUGGAAUGUCUAAAGAUCCUUGGGUUCAAAAACAAAAACAAAUACACCAGAGGUUUCAACGCUUUUAUGGAAAUUCAUUAGACCCAAUCUCUUCAAAACUCAUUGUGACCCAAGAUGCAAAGCCAAAGAAGCAUUUUAGUGAGGCCAAGAGCAAAAAGGCACAUGAGACCAAAGCGGAAAUAAUUGCUAGAGAGAAUAAGAAGAGGCUCUGGGCCAAGGAGGAAACAAAAGAAGAGCAAAAAUGGAAUACUCUAUCAUUAUCUCUUGAGGAAGAAAUGAGAAAGAAUGUAAGCUCUGGAGCAAAGAAGCUGGAAGACUUUUUGAAAUCGUGUAAAAGUAACUCAGUGAAAGUGCGAGCCGAAAUGUUUGGCUUAACUGCCUGCUGGAACGCAUGGAAACAACACUGUCAAAAUGAAGGUAAAACCACAAAGGAUUUAAAUAUAGCUGUCCAGAUGAUGAAAAGGAUUCACUCCUUGAUGGAUAAAUACUCAGAAGUAUUGCAAGAUGCAGAUCGGCAGCUCAUAAGCAGAUGCCUUCAGUAUUUGGGAUUUGAUAAAUUGGCAAGUUCUUUAAAUACAGAUCAGGAUUCAGUAAAUGAUGUGAAGAAGUACUCAGUUGGCAUUGGGCCAGCUCGGUUUCAGCUACAGUACAUGGGCCAUUAUUUGAUAAGAGAGGAAAGAAAAGAUCCAGAUGCAAGGGUGGAGGAUUUUAUCCCCGAUACUUGGCAGCGAGAACUCCUUGAUGUGGUGGAUAACUAUGAGUCAGCAGUGAUUGUUGCCCCAACAUCCUCAGGCAAAACCUAUGCUUCCUACUAUUGCAUGGAGAAAGUGCUGAAGGAGAGCGAUGAAGGGGUGGUUGUGUAUGUUGCACCAACGAAGGCCCUCGUCAAUCAAGUGGCAGCAACUGUUCAGAAUCGUUAUAGCAAAAAUCUGCCAGACGGCCAAGCUCUAUGUGGUGUUUUUACAAGAGAGUAUCGUCAUGAUGCGCUCAAUUGUCAGGUACUUGUUACAGUGCCUGCCUGUUUUGAAAUUCUGAUGUUAGCUCCACAUCGCCAACAAUGGGUGAAAAGGAUUAGAUACGUUAUAUUUGAUGAGGUCCAUUGUCUUGGUGGAGAAAUUGGAGCAGAAGUCUGGGAGCAUCUCCUUGUCAUGAUCCGAUGUCCCUUUUUGGCUCUUUCAGCUACAAUAAGUAACCCUGAACAUCUCACAGAGUGGCUGCAAUCAGUAAAACAUUACUGGAGACAAGAAGACAAAAAAAUGGAAAAAAGGUCAGCUUCCAAAAGAAGUGCUGGUGGUCACGCCAGUUUCUCGAAAGGCUACUUGCAAAUAAAGCAAUCCUACAAAGUUAGACUUGUGCUGUAUGGAGAGAGAUACAAUGAUUUAGAGAAGCAUGUAUGUUCCAUCAAAAACGAUGACAUUUGUCUAGAUCACUUUCACCCCUGUGCGGCACUAACCGUCGAUCACAUUGAAAAGUAUGGAUUCCCUUCUGAUCUUACGCUUUCACCUCGAGAAAGCAUCCAGCUGUAUGACAGCAUGUUUCAAGCCUGGAAGAGUUGGCCACAGGCCCAGAAACUGUGUCCAGAGAACUAUACUCAUUUUAAGAAUAAAUUAAUCAUUAAAAAGAUGGAUGCUAGAAAAUAUGAAGAGAGCUUAAAGGCAGAAUUAAGGAGUUGGAUUAAAAAUGGCAAUAUAAAGCAGGCUAAAAUAGUACUGAAAUCUCUUAGCCCUGAUUCAGCUUUUAGUUCAGAAGAUAAGAUGAAGAAAUUUCCACUUCUUGUUGAAAAAUUAAGGGAGAUGGAUAAGUUACCUGCGAUAUUUUUUAUAUUCAGUAUUAAAGAUGUAGAGGAAUGUGCUAGGCAGGCAUGCAUUUCCUUAAAGGAAAAGCAGAAGAGUAAGAGGCCUCCCAAGGCUGAUAAAGAAGCUCAUGACACAGCUAGCAAACUUCUAAAAGUUGAGAAAUCCAUUAUGAAACGGAAGACACUAGAUGAAAAAAGCCAGAAUAACCCAAGGGUAUUGGACCAAAGCCUCAUACGUGUAGCUGAAUAUAAUCAUCUCCUGAAAAGUCUAAAGAAGAACUUGGAAAUUCCCCCGGAUUGUACAUAUGUUGAUCAGAAAGCGAUGGAUGCUGAGUUAUUGAAGAUGGUGUUUGAUCGUGUAAAAUUCCAAAGAAAAGGUGAAGAACUGAAAUGUUUGGCAAGGAGGGGUAUUGGGUACCAUCACAGUGCUAUGUCUGCCAAAGAAAAGCAGGUGGCUGAAAUUCUCUUUCGAAAAGGAUUAAUUAGGGUGGUGACAGCGACAGGAACGCUUGCUUUGGGAAUCAACAUGCCUUGUAGAUCCGUGGUUUUUGCUCAAAACUCAGUCUAUCUGGAUGCUUUAAAUUACAGACAGAUGUCUGGCCGUGCUGGAAGAAGGGGACAAGACCUGCUGGGAGAUGUAUAUUUCUUUGACAUUCCACUGUCCAAAGUAGAAAAACUCAUAAAAUCCAAAGUUCCUGAGCUCAGAGGGCAGUUCCCUCUAGGUAUAUCACUGAUCUUGAGACUCAUGCUGCUGGCUUCCAAGGCUGAUGACUCAGAGGAUGGCCAGGCAAAGGUACUAACCACCGAGAUGUUAAAACUUUAUUUCUUAUUUUCUUUGCAGUUCUUGGUGAAGCAGGGCUAUCUAGAUCAAGAAGGAAAUCCUAUGGGGUUUGCUGGGCUUGUAACACAUCUGCAUUAUCAUGAACCUUCUAAUCUGGUUUUUGUUAAUUUUCUUGUAAGAGGCCUUUUCCAUAAUCUUUGCCAACCAACUUCGAAAGACUCAAAGCGUUUUUCUCAAGAUGUUAUGGAAAAGUUAGUGCUAGUAUUGGCAAAUCUCUUUGGAAGAAGGUACAUCCCAGCGAAGUUCUUUAGGAAAACAGAAUUUCAUCAAUCAAAGGUGUUCCUUGAUGACCUUCCUGAGGAUUUCGGUGCUGCUCUGAAUGAGUACAACAUGCAAACGACAAGGGACUUUGCCUCUUUCUUACUAAUUGUGUCCAAAUUGGUUGAUAUGAAACAGGAAUACAAACUCCCACUGUCCCAAAUCAAAUUCACAGGUGAAGAAUGUGAAGACUCCCAGCUUGUGUCUCACGUGAUGAGCUGCAAAGAAGGGAGAACAGCAAUCUCACCGUUUGCUUGUCUCUCUGGGAACUUUGAUGACGCUUUGCUUCACCCCGAAAUUUCAAGUAAUACCAUUCUGCGGACAUUUGGUAUUGACCAUACUCAAGCUCCCGUACUGUGGCCACAAAGGUUUGAUAGUCAAGGGAGAAGAAUGCCUCUCAAUGCUUAUGCACUGGAUUUCUACAAACAUGGUUCCUUGGAAGGAUUAGCGCAGGAUAAUGGGUUACAUACCGGGGAAGCUUAUACAUUAUUGAAAGAUUUUUUACUCACCAUUAAAUCUAUCAGUGUUUCCUUGCGUGAAUUAUGUGAGAAUGAAGAAGACAAUGUUGUUUUAGCAUUUGAGCAACUAAGUGAAAGCUACAAAGAAAAAUUUGAUAAAGUCUAAAAGCAAAGUUCAUGACAACCUCUUACAAUAUUGCCAUGGAAGAUAAGCAAGUUAGUUUUGGUUCUGCUUUUUGUGAGAAAACACAUGGUGAAGUGUAAAGAAAAAGCCCAGGCACCAAAGUGUGGGAUUCACACCUAUGCUGCCCUGUCAUGAAUUCUCUUGGACACGUUAUUUAGUGUAUCUGAAUUUUGGUUUAUCUUAAUGUCUGAAAAAUCGUGCUUACAUCAGAGAAUAUUGGGGUUUGACAAAAAAAUGAAAGGAUUUUGAAUGUAACUAAGAGAUAAUUUUUCCUCCUUGAGACCUAGACAAAUAUUAAACUUUUAAUAGUUUUCUUCUUUUUCAUUAUUUCUAAAAAGUUCAGCAAGGCUACAAAGAAAUGAUUGUAGUACCUUAAAUAUGAAAUAUGUUCUUACCAAAUAAGACAGAUGUGAGUACAUAAUGUAGAAAUAUGACUGUUGAGACAAUAUUUCUAGUAAACCCUGUGCUUUGUAAAAAUGCAAGUUUAAGAUUCAAAUUAUGUAAUGUUAAAAUAAUACGCAGCUGAUAUUUGCUUUAUUUUCAUUGCACAAGAGUGGCUGGAAAAGAGAAA